UGUUUUUCUGAGAGAGAGGGAGAGGGAGAGGAGAGAUGGGAAGAGUAUCUGUUUAUGAUCUCUCUCUGGCUCUGUAGUUUCAUUUUUCUAUUAUUGGGUAUUAUUGCUGUUGGAUUUUGAUUUAGUGAACAAUUUCCAUUUAGGGAAGUCUCAGAUUAAUAGAUCUCCGUUCUUUAAUCUCUUUCUUUUUUUUCCUUUUUUUUUUUUUUUAUCAAUUUGUGUAAUCAUCACUUUUUGAUUCAAAUAUGAUCACUCAUAACCCAACAAGAAAGCAUUUUCUAUCACUUUCUCGGGAAAAUUCGACUUCUUUCUAUCUCUUCUGUCAUUCUAAUAGUACCCAUUAGCUAUUUUUUCAUUUCCAGAUCUGCUCCCUCCAUUAUUGUACUUUUUAUUCAAGAUCUAGCUAUAAUUUUACAGCUUCAGAUCUGGGUUUGUUUAUUUCAAUAUAAAAGAUUCUCCUUUUUUAUUUUUUAGAUUGAAUGUGUAUUUUUCCCAUUUAGUUGGUAGAGCGAGGAAAAGAAAAUGAAUUAUUUCCCAGAUGAGGUACUAGAGCAUGUGUUCGAUUUUGUGACAUCGCAUAGAGACCGAAACUCAGUGUCUCAAGUAUGUAAAUCAUGGUACAGGAUUGAAAGCUAUAGCAGAGAGAAGGUUUUCAUAGGAAAUUGUUAUGCGAUCAGUCCGGAGAGAGUGAUUGGGAGAUUCCCAGGUCUGAAGUCUAUUACUUUGAAGGGAAAGCCUCAUUUUGCUGAUUUCAAUCUGGUCCCAAAUGAUUGGGGAGGCUUUGUUUACCCGUGGAUCGAAGCUUUUGUUCGCAACCGGGUUGGGUUGGAGGAGCUCCGGCUUAAGAGAAUGGUUGUAUCCGAUGACAGCUUGGACCUACUAUCAAGGUCUUUUGUGAAUUUUAAGUCUCUGGUUCUUGUCAGUUGUGAAGGGUUUACUACUGAUGGCCUUGCUGCUGUAGCUGCUAAUUGUAGGAAUCUUAGGGAGCUGGACCUGCAAGAAGAUGAAGUUGAGGAUCAUAGAGGCCAUUGGCUUAGUUGUUUCCCUGAUAGCUGUACAUCUCUCGUGUCACUUAACUUUGCUUGCCUUAAAGGAGAUAUUAAUUUAGGAGUUCUCGAGAGACUUGUAGCAAGAUCUCCAAAUCUCAGGAGUUUGAGGUUAAACCGUGCAGUACCACUUGAUACACUUCAAAAAAUAUUGAUGCAAUCACCUCAGUUAGUGGAUUUGGGUGUAGGGUCUUAUGUACAUGAUCCAGAUUCUGAGACCUAUAAUAAAUUAGUGACUGCUAUUCAAAAGUGUAAAUCAGUCAGGAGUUUGUCUGGGUUUUUGGAAGUUGCUCCCCACUGCCUACCAGCUUUUCACUUGAUUUGCCCGACCCUGACCUCCUUGAACCUGAGUUAUGCUCCAGGAAUUCAAGGUAGUGAGCUUACAAAGCUAAUUCGCCACUGUAGGAAACUUCAGCGCCUUUGGAUACUUGACUGCAUUGGUGAUAAAGGGCUAGAAGUUGUGGCAUCCACUUGUAAGGACUUGCAGGAAUUGAGAGUUUUCCCUUCUGAUCCAUAUGUUGGAAAUGCAGCAGUGACUGAAGAAGGUCUGGUCGCCAUUUCCAGUGGUUGUCCCAAGCUUCAUUCAAUUUUAUACUUCUGUCAGCAGAUGACCAAUGCAGCUCUUAUUACAGUAGCCAAGAACUGCCCCAACUUCACUCGCUUCAGGUUGUGCAUCCUCGAUCCCACAAAACCAGACGCUGUGACCAUGCAGCCAUUGGAUGAAGGUUUUGGGGCAAUUGUUCAUUCUUGUAAGGGUCUCAGGCGGUUGUCACUUACUGGUCUUUUGACUGACCAAGUUUUCCUUUAUAUUGGGAUGUAUGCUGAGCAGCUAGAAAUGCUUUCAAUUGCAUUUGCUGGAGACAGUGAUAAGGGAAUGCAGUACGUGUUAAAUGGUUGCAAAAGACUUCGCAAGUUAGAGAUAAGGGAUAGCCCUUUUGGUAAUGCGGCACUUCUAAUGGACGUGGGAAAGUAUGAAACAAUGCGAUCCCUUUGGAUGUCGUCCUGUGAAGUGACUCUUGGAGGCUGCAAGACCCUUGCGAAGAAGAUGCCAAGGCUCAAUGUAGAGAUCAUGAAUGAGAAUGAGCAGGCAGAAUUUGGUGUUGAUGAUAGCCAGAAAGUAGAUAAGAUGUACUUGUAUCGGACAUUGGUAGGGCAGCGGAAAGAUGCACCAGAGUUUGUAUGGACUUUGUAGAAUGCAUCUUUUCUGGCACUGCCGAGUAUUAUUUUUCUUUGUUAUCAAGUAGUAGUACUUUGUUUUAGGCCCAGCUGAUUUUAUGGAUUUUUAGCCUGUUGGUAUUCUACUAGAGUUAUGGUGCUGUUAUUUAAUUGAUCAGAGAUUUGCUAUUUGUAAUCUUUGUUAUUAUGAAUAGAACUGUGUUAGUAUUGGCCAGUUCCAAAAAUGGUGAUAUCUGCUGCUCAGGCAGAGUUCAAGGGAA